AUGGCGUCAAAUGCCAACGGGAUGUUUUCUUUUGCUCAAACAGAGCAAUCCACAGACCUUCUGAACGGAUCAUCAUGGCCAACUUCAGAGGGUGCUCAGACCUUCCAAGACUACCCGGACAAUGGAUCAUCACACUCUGGAGAGGCCGAGGACUAUCUAUUCACAUCUGGUCAGACUACCCCUAGAGGAUCAAGACUAGAACAUGCUCCGUCCAUGGAAUCUGUCUGGACAAACCCAAGGACCACUGCGCAAAGUUCAGUUAUGGCUCAAGCCAUGUCCAGGGCUGAUUCGAGCCGAUCUUGUGGCUCGUCUCUCUCUCAAUCUUCACAACUGAGCAGAGGUAAUGUGUCCGCCUUCAGGAAUGUCUCCCACGCAGGUGUCACUGCUGGUACCUUGGCCGGCAUGGACUCUUGCCUUUUGGUAGCUGCCGAUGCCAAUACUGUGAACUCCCAAAUGUAUUGGUCUGAGCUCGGCGGCAUUGGCAUGAACAUGGCCACUGCUGGCGGUGCCUUUGCCGUCACUGACACCACUCCCAUGCACAUGGUGCCCGCACACAUGCAUUUGGGUCCCGAGUCAGUGUUGCCAGACAACUCAUCACCGAGUUCAUGGGAUUGCUUCUCUAGCUCCAUUUCUCGGACUUCCUCCCCUGCUACAAUUGACGAGGUUUGGCUGCCUUCUGCGCUGAGCCCGAACUCGUCGCCUGAAGUCGUUGGCGAAACACCCAGGUAUGUCGAUUAUUUUGGCACGAACGCCGAGCAGGAAUCUCACACAUCUCUCAUCAGUGCGGAGCGAAAGAUGGCCCUUUCAGAGAGCAAGGACGUCGUUCCCAAGAUUGAAGAUGGCUUGGCCAUUCCCAGUGGAUAUGCAUCUCGCAGACAUGGGAGUGAUGGUGAGUCCUCUGCUCGGGACCACGAGCUCUACAAGAAUGCCACCCCUGGAUCAGAUGGGCUCUUCCAUUGUCCUUGGGAAGGACAAAACACCUGCAGCCACAAGCCCGAGAAGCUCAAGUGCAACUACGACAAAUUUGUCGAUUCACACUUGAAGCCAUACCGCUGCAAGGCAGAUUCCUGUGAGGGUGCCCGUUUCUCUUCCACCGCCUGCCUCCUGCGCCAUGAGCGUGAGGCACACGGACUACACGGACACGGCGAUAAGCCCUUCCUCUGUGUCUAUGACGGCUGCGAGCGCGCCGUCAUCGGUAAUGGCUUCCCUCGCCAGUGGAACCUCAGGGACCACAUGAAGCGCGUUCACAACGACCAUGGAAGCGCUGGUGGCUCGCCGCCUUCAGGCGCCAGUGGUCAAUCUGCCAAGGGCCGCAAGAGAAAGCCCGAGGUGGUUGAAACACAAACUACUACUCGCAAGGCGACGCUCAAGUCAAUGCCAGUAGCCGACGCAAAGCCCUCAGCCAAGCCGCUGAUUGAGGAGUGGCUCGAUCAGCGACGCGCCGUUGAAACCCUUUGCCGCGGACUGGACAAGCCUGAUGAUGCGCGUAACCUGCAGCAAAUCAACGAAAUGCAGAGACGUCUUGCUUUCAUGGCCAAGAUGACGACGAAUCUGAGCUCUGUUUCCUCCACUGAUGCUCGUUCGGACAUGAAUCGCAGAAACUACACUACCGGUUGA